AUGAAAUGGCGGAUCGUCCCUACGCUCGAUUUGGACCGAAUCAAGUCGACCAGGUGUCUUCUACUUGGAUCAGGGACACUAGGGUCAUACAUUGGCCGCGCGUUGUUGGCGUGGGGAGUGCGCAAGAUUACUUUUGUUGACAACGGGAAAGUGUCCUUUAGCAAUCCUGUUCGACAACCGCUCUUCGAAUUUAUCGACUGCAUAGAUGGAGGCAAGCCCAAGGCCGAAACCGCAGCAGAAAACAUGAAGCGUAUAUUUCCUCUCGUCGAUGCGCAAGGUUUCACAUUGGAGGUGCCUAUGGCAGGGCACCCAAUUACCGACGAGACAAAGCAAAAACAGGAUUUCGACAAGCUGGAGGAGCUUGUGCAAACCCACGAUGUGAUAUUCCUACUGAUGGACUCGCGCGAAACCAGAUGGCUGCCUACAGUCAUGGGAAACGUGUACAGCAAGCUAGUGAUAAAUGCUGCUUUGGGAUUCGAGAGCUAUUUGGUGAUGCGGCACGGGUGUAUUAAUUCAUCAAUAUCUCCGGAGCAACAACAAGAGUCGCGACUGGGCUGUUACUUCUGCAACGACGUUCGCCCUGAUGGCAGCAUCAUUGGCUGUGGAGCUGAUGGUUUCUGUCUUGCAGCAUCCGGACAGACAGUAUGCACCCCAUUCGGCCCAGGACUCGUGCACCGUUCUGGGAUCGCUCCCGCACCAGUUGCGCGGAUUUUUGCACAAUUUCGAGAUGCUCAAGCUAAGUGCCAAAAAUUUCAGAUACUGCUCGGCGUGCUCCGUGUCUGUGGUGCAAGAGUUCAAAUCACGUGGCUGGGAGUUUGUGCAACUGGCACUGGAAAAUCCGAAAUACCUGGAGCAGCUUACCGGGCUCACAAACGUGCACCAACAGGCUGA